AUGACUAUAGUCCAUCACGACAACAUGGAACCUUCAUCAGAGCUUAUUGGCUUUGAGGGAGCACCUCCGAUCGAGAAUCCCACUAUGCCGGUUGCUGUUAUUCCAUGGAGCCCUCCAUCUAUUGAUCCAUUGCCAGAACUUGGGGAUACCGAGAGAGCAAAGUUAAUCGACAGACUGAGCAAGAAGGCAAAGGAAAGCGAGGCGGACUCAACAUAUUGGGCAUGCCUCUGGUUGUCCGAUAUUGAAUGCCUUCGAGAGAUUCUCCGGGUGGCGGAAUGUUCCCAAUCCAGUGCGUCCUACUUGAUGACAAACAAGGGUGCUUUCACUAUGAUCAGGGCUUGGAAAACAAGGCCGAGUAUGAUCGCGGGGCUGCCUGGGACACAAGGGAAGAGAAAGUUGGGGGAGGAGAGCCCGAAGCGAAAAUUCAGUGCCAAAACAGCUUGUCUUGAGCGCCACGAUUUCAGCUGUGAGAUCACCAAUUUCCCCCAGGUAGAUGUGGCUCAUAUCUACCCGCUAUCCAUGAGGAAAGGUCAAUCAUCGGGAAACAACAAGAAGUGCACUGACACGUACGACGACUUCUGGAAAACGCUGCACAUGUUCUGGGGCAAAGACCAAGUCGAUGAAUGGGAAGCCCGGUUAACGGGCCCAUAUGACACAGAGCUUUGCGAGAAUUUGCUUUGCUUGUGCCCCAACGCUCACAGGCUUUGGGGGUCUUGUUACUUUGCCCUCCAGCCGCUCCAUCUACGCGACGACGGUAAGGAGUUGAUCACACGUUUCUACUGGCUGCCCGAGGUCACGCGACACAAGGUUCAGGUUCAGGACAAACCGAGUAUUUCGCUUCAUCCCCUCGCAGAAUUACUCAAUCUUCGUGUUGAGAAUACUGACGGAUCCGCACAUAAGAUGAAUUCUGGUGAUCUGGUCAUUUUCCAAACCAAGGAUCCAGAAAAUCUGCCAUUGCCAUCAUGGGAUCUCCUCCAAAUGCAAUGGAUUCUCCAUAGGAUCGGUGCCCUCAGUGGAGCAGUAAAUGUCCCCAUGAAGCCGUGGUAUUGCGAUAGUGAGGAUGAGGGUUCCGACAUGGGGUUCGAAGAUGUUUUCGAGCCUUACCAGGAUGAAUACUUUGCUGAGCCUCACCAUGCUGAACUUUCUGCCGGUGUGGAGUCCGAAGAUGCUGUUGAACCCGAUGAAGAAGAUACGCAGUUACCCCCGAUUCUUGGCCGUCCGUCUCGUUUUCAGUCUUCCUUCGAGAUCAACCCAAAUGCAGACUUCCCUCGCCGACGAUCUCCCUCGAGUGAGAAGUCUCUAUAA